UCGAGGCCAGGAUCGCCGCUUAGAGCCCUAGAGCCAGAAUUGCAGCUAGUGAGGCGCUGCACUAAGUAUUGGGGAUGGCCGUCCCUCUGAACUCCCACGUCCUGGGUCCACAGGAACAAGUCGGACUCCUGAGUUUGAAGGUGAUGGACGAUAUGCCGGAGGAUGAGGAGUUCAUCCGUGGAGGCGAGGACCUGGACACGGACUAUGAUGCCUUCUGCCAAGGCCUCACAGAUGAUCUCGGAGAUCCGCACGAAAGGGCUGAACAGUUCCUGACCAUCAUGCUUGGAAAUGUGGAAACCUGGAUGAAGUUACAGCACCUGGAGCCCAGCGAGGAGGUGCUGAUCCUGCAGGACUCGCCGACCCAGCUGCUUGAGAAGAAAGAUCUGUUGUGCCAGGACCUCGCCUUUCACGAGGAGUGGAACCCCGAAGAGGAGGUGGAAGAGAUGGCAGCCGAGUUCCUGGCCUCCAGAUCUCAGGAGCCAGUGACAUUCAAGGAUGUGGCCGUGGACUUCAGCCAGGAGGAGUGGGGGCAGCUGGAGCCUGCGCAGAGGGACCUCUACAGGGAUGUGAUGCUGGAGAACUAUGGCAAUCUGGUCUCCCUGGGACUUGUGGUGUCCGAACCUAAUGUCAUCUAUCAUUUGGAACAAAAGAAAGAGCCAUGGAUACUGGAUCUACAGGGAACUGCCAAGACAAAGGUACUAAAAGACACCUGUCCAGACCAGAACACCCAAACUGAGAGCCAGGCAAAGUCUUCUGCUUCAAAACAAGGCACUUCUGAAGAAUGGUCCCUUCAGGGGCCACUAAUGGAAAAGCCCACGAUGGGUGGUCCCUUGAAUUCCAAGUUAAGAGUAGCCAAUCAGUGUGAAGGCAGGUUGAAGAGAAAAAAGAAAAGAAGAAACCAGGAGAAACUUUAUGAAUGUAAUGAGUGCAGAAAAGACUUUAAUCACUUCUCCGCUCUUAUUCGGCAUCAGAGAAUUCACACUGGAGAAAAGCCCUAUGAAUGCAGUGAAUGUGGGAAGACCUUCAGCCAAAGCACUUGCCUUACUGUACAUCAGAGAAUCCAUACUGGAGAGAAACCCUAUGAAUGUGGUGAAUGUGGGAAGACCUUUAGUGACAGCUCGACCCUCAUUCGGCAUCGGAUCAUUCAUAAUAUAGAGAAACCAUAUAAGUGUCACGAAUGUGAGAAAUCCUUUAGUUACUGCUCAGCCCUCAUUCGACACCUUCGGAUUCACACUGGAGAGAAGCCCUAUGAAUGUAAUGAAUGUGGAAAAUCCUUCAGCCACAGCACGUGCCUUACCCAGCAUCAGAGAACUCACACUGGAGAGAAGCCCUAUGAAUGUAAUGAAUGCGGGAAAGCCUUCAGCCAGAACUCAUCCCUUUAUUACCAUCAGAGGACUCAUACUGGAGAGAAACCAUAUAAAUGCAAUGAAUGUGGGAAAGCCUUCAGUUAUCAUGCAUCGCUUACUCAACAUAAGCAAACACACACUGGAGAGAAGCCCUAUGAAUGUAGGGAAUGUGGGAAAACCUUUAGUCGAAGCACAUAUAUCAUUGAACAUCAGAGAAUUCAUACUGGAGAGAAACCCUAUGAAUGUACUGAAUGUGGAAAAGCCUUCAGAUAUUGCUCAGCUCUUACCCAACAUCAGAAAAUGCAUACAGAAGAGAAACCCUAUGAAUGCCGAGAAUGUGGGAAAGGCUUCCAUUUCUAUUCAGCUCUUAUUCAGCAUCGGAAAACUCAUACUGGAGAGAAACCCUAUGAAUGUACUGAAUGUGGGAAAGCCUUUAUCCGGAGUACCUGCCUUACCCAACAUCAAAAAGUUCACACUGGUGAAAAAUGCCAAGAAAACAGUGAGUCGAGGAAAGCCUUUGGCCAAAGCUCAGCCCUUCCUGAAAAUCAGAGAAUUAAAACUGGAGGGAAAUCCUACGAAUGUAAUGAUUGUGGGAAAAUCUUUAAGUAUUUCUCAAUCCUCGCUCAACAUCAGAAAACUCAUACUGGUGAAAAACCCUAUGAGUGCAAUGAAUGUGGGAAGACCUUCAGCCGGAGCACAUGCCUUACCAAACAUAAUAGAACUCAUACGGGUGAGAAACCCUAUUUAUGCAGCGUAUGUGGGAAAGCCUUUAGUCAAAACUCAUCCCUUACUGAACAUCAGAGAAUUCACACUGGAGAGAAACCUUAUGAAUGCAGUAAAUGUGGGAAAGCCUUCAGCCGGAGCACGUUCCUUACUCGUCAUCAGCAAACUCAUACUGGAGAGAAGCCUUACGAGUGCAGUGAAUGUGGGAAAUCCUUCAGCCAGAGGUCAUCCCUUUAUUACCAUCAGAGAACUCACACUGGAGAAAAACCAUAUGAGUGCUUUGAAUGUGGGAAAUCCUUCAGCAGGAGCACAUUUCUCACUCAACAUCAGAGGAUUCACACUGGAGAAAAACCCUAUGCAUGUAGUGAAUGUGGGAAUACCUUCAGUAGGCGUGCAGCCCUCACCAAGCAUCAAAAACUUCACACUGAAAAAUAGUUCUAG